GAGGGCAGGGCCGGCCGCUCGGCGCUGCCGCUUUAAGGGCGGGCGGGAGCGCAGCCCGGCCCCGGCAGCGCGGCGGCGGCAGCAGCAGUCUUGCUCUUGUGGAAGCACAGGCCUGAAAUGCUUCUCUGGUCAUCAGUUUCAGGGGAGGCUCAAAAGCUGUGCCCUGAAGCAAGGAAGUCUGAGUUAUUGAAAAGAAAUUAGAGAGCAAGGUGAGGAAGGGAAAAGGAUAUGAAAAUACUAAAGCAUGGGUGAAGAAGAUCUAAGCAGGAAGACUGGAAAACAUUUCCUCUCCCUUCAGGCCACUUCCUGAUGCCUGUACUCGCAGGAUCAGCAUAGGAAAGGCCCAGGAGCAAGAGAAGGCAGGUGAGGAAAGUUUGGUGACUAGGUGCUGAAAGGCUCCUCCUUUGCUUAUCAGUGCAGUACUGUGCCUCUCCACUCUCCAGUCUCUUGAUUCUUAAACUAAUCUAAACUCUGACAUACCAGUCUUUCAUUCUCCUUCACUGUUUGUGUGAAGCGUACUACACACCUUGAGUGGUGUGACAAGGCUGUCCAGUCUGAAUGUAUCACCACCUAAAAACUUCAUUUAAAUGUGUUGGAUUCAGUUUCUCUCUUCAGACAGCUUGGAGCAUGUUUAUAUAGUUUGUCAGAGUGGGCUAUAGAGAUAUUUUCUUCUACAGCUGACAGCAUCCACAUGAGACUGUUGCACCACAAGACUAACCAAUCCUUUAAAAUACAGACUGAAAUGCAAUGAAUUAGGACUACUAUGAUUAACAUCAGUUUUGGGGUUUUUCUUUCUAUUUUUGUCAAUUUUUGAGCUGGCAGGUUGAUAAAUUUUAGGGAGAGAGAGGAAAUCCUUUAAUUGCUUGCCUUUAAAAAGAUGCUUUUGUAUGAAAGACUCAUCACUAUUAUAAAACUUGUAAUUAAUGGUGUCUCUUCAAACAACCUACUGAUAACCAUUGCUAUGUCCACAGGACCUGCAAAUACCAGAGUCUUCCUGCAAAAUCUGAAGAUUCAGUGGAAGAACCGUAAAUGGGAGUAGAUUGUUGUGUGUAUAUCUUCAGGGCAGAGGGUUGUUAAAAGGUUGCACAUUUAAUUUUUAUCUCUAUCAGCUGUCCCACUAAUUGUUUGUUUCUCAGUGGAUAAGUUUAGGGUACUCUUCUGAAUGGGUCUCUUACUAGCUUCUUCCUCGAAUACCACUUCUUUCAGACUUAAGGGGCAGGGGCAAGGCACAAGAGCAUAGGGACUUCCUCUUCCUAAAGUCUCUGGUGGUACAAAGCCUUGAAGUCACUGAAGAAACAUCACUUAUGUAGCAUUUUUCUCCUUUCAGGAAUUGUCAUCCAUAACUAUGAAAAACAACAUCCUGUGAGUUUGUUUCAAGCUCCGUGCCUCAUCACUUCCUUCAGAUAAGCUGUGCUCCAAUCUCCUGGGGAAGGCUGGUGUCCUUGGGGAAGCAUGGCAUUCCGUGGCUGGAAGUGGCUCCUCCUUUUGGGCAGGCAGAACACCCUUGCAAAGGUGUGGAGAAGCAGGAGGGGAGGCCCCUCUCUGUGCUGGAAGCGCUGCUGCCAUUGGAGCACAGGCAAGUCUCUGGACCCUGAGGUGAGGGCUUUUUUGGAGGAGAACACCGAGGUCACCAACAGCGGGCACCUCACACCAGAGAUCCGGCUGCGCCUCCUCACCCCUCGCUGCAGGUUCUGGAGAGAAAAGCCUGACCUGUGGCCUUAUGGGGACCCCUUCUGGGCAAUUUACUGGCCAGGAGGCCAAGCCCUCUCCAGGUACAUUUUAGAUAAUCCAAGUGUGGUUAAAGGGCGAUCAGUUCUGGAUCUUGGAAGUGGAUGUGGAGCAACAGCAAUAGCUGCUGUGAUGAGUGGUGCAUCCCACGUCCUUGCCAAUGACAUUGACCCUAUUGCAGGAAUGGCAAUGAUCUUGAACUGCGAACUGAACCACUUGAAUCCCUUCCCCAUCACCAUUAAGAACAUCAUCAAUUCAGAGGCUGGCAACUGGGACCUCAUAGUUCUAGGAGAUAUGUUUUAUGAUGAACAACUUGCUGAUGGUCUGCAUCAGUGGCUGCAGAAGUGCAUCAGGAUUCACCAGACUGAAGUGCUGAUUGGUGACCCUGGCAGGCAUCAGUUUCUAAGCCACAGCAUUCACAGUCAGCUGCACAAAGUUAUAGAAUAUUCACUGCCUGAGUAUACGAGACAAGAAAAUUACGGGCUAACAUCAAGUAUCGUCUGGAGUUAUCAGCCCUCAAACGGCUUAGACAACUCUUGAAGCUGCCUUUCUCUGGAAUUUUGUCUCACUUGGUUGGCUUUUUGCAGUUAUAUAAAAUGAAAAUGGAAUUAAACAGAGAAAUUAUCUGUUAAAGUAAAGCAGCUUACUGUACCUCCACUGGACUGAUUUCAAUCAUGCUGAGGCUUUUGCUCAAUUUGAGGUAAAAGCUACAUGCAAACUGUGUUCAAAGGGGCCUGCACUGAAGUGCAGAUCUACAAACAACUUACAUGUAGGAGUUUGCAUGCUUGAUGUUUCCCUUGUAUAUUUGUGUCUUGCUGACAUUCCUGUGAAAUGUUUUGGAUGUCCAGCAUAAGACUGUGGGGAGAGAGCUGUGGCCGAAGGACUACUUCACUGCUUCCCCAGGCUUUUGCAGCUUAUUUAUAGAAAAUUUCUAAAUAUAGAAAAUUAUUGCUGCCCUCCAUAAAAUUCUCCACUAGAUUAUUAGCUCAUAAUAUGCUCAACUUGAAGUGCCUUGUUUUUUUUCUGGGUAUCUCUUCUGAAUGUCAAAGUAACUAAAUUGAACACCCCCCCCCCCUUUCCCUCUAUAAUAAAAAUUUCCUCUUCCUUGAAACUGCCAGAGUGAUUGUGUAGGAGUUGCACCCAAAUCUAAACUGUGCUUCUUGACUGCCAGCCAGUGUAAAAGCUUUAAUAAAUGGAAAGUGAAUAAAUAGUACCAGCUAUGGGGUAACUUCA